AUGAGAGUAACGGAGGCAAGUACGUAUAGAGAUUUACAUUUUCCGUCUUUGAUCAUCGGAGGAUCCUUCGCCGCCGUUGCCAUUUGUGUCUCCGUUUUCUCUAUCCUCCAACAUCUCCGUUUCUACACCAAUCCCGCUGAGCAAAAAUGGAUUGUUUCUGUUUUGUUUAUGGUUCCUGUGUAUGCAGCUGAAUCUAUCAUUUCCUUGUCCAAUUCGAAAUUCUCGUUGCCUUGUGACAUUCUGAGAAACUGCUAUGAGGCUUUUGCUUUGUAUUCCUUUGGAAGCUACUUGGUCGCAUGUCUAGGUGGUGAAAGAAGAGUUGUUGAAUUCCUAGAAAAUGAAUCAAAGAAACCAUUGUUAGAAAGAGGAGACAAUGAGAGCAAAAAGAAGAAGAAUUCAUUUUGGAAAUUCUUGAGUGAUCCAUAUGUCUUGGGACGAGAGCUCUUUGUGAUAGAGAAGUUUGGUCUCGUCCAGUAUAUGAUCCUCAAAACCUUUUGUGCCUUCUUGACAUUUUUGUUGGAGCUUCUUGGUGUCUAUGGUGAUGGUGAAUUCAAAUGGUAUUACGGAUAUCCAUACAUAGUGGUGGUGCUAAACUUCAGCCAGAUGUGGGCUCUGUUUUGCUUGGUGCAGUUCUAUAAUGUAACUCAUGAACGUCUCAAAGAAAUAAAACCGUUGGCUAAGUUCAUUAGCUUUAAGGCUAUUGUGUUUGCCACUUGGUGGCAAGGCUUUGGGAUAGCGUUGCUUUGUUAUUAUGGUAUACUCCCAAAAGAAGGAAGAUUCCAGAACGGGUUGCAAGAUUUUCUCAUUUGCAUUGAGAUGGCGAUUGCAGCGGUGGCUCAUCUCUUUGUUUUCCCAGCUGAACCUUACCACUACAUUCCUAUAUCAGAGUGUGGUAAAAUAACAUCCGAAACGAGCAAGACGGAAGUGAAACUAGAAGAAGGUGGUCUUGUCGAGACGACAGAAACUCAUGUUGAAGCAUCUGGCACAAGCAUCAAGGAGAGUGUACAGGACAUAGUUAUUGAUGGUGGCCAGCACGUUGUGAAAGAUGUGGUUCUUACAAUAAACCAAGCAAUGGGACCGGUGGAGAAGGGUGUAACAAAGAUCCAAGAUACGAUUCAUCAGAAGCUUUUGGAUUCGGACGGUAAAGAAGAAACAGAAGUGACUGAAGAAGUGACAGUUGAGACUUCUGUUCCGCCAAAAAAGUGA